AUGGCACCAGGACCGGCCGAGAAGAAGGUCGAGAGGUCAUAUCUGAGCUCCGCUGUUGAUUCUUUUAAUCCUUGGGCUGCUAGUCGCAGCACAACUCCAACUCAAAAAACAAAGAUUGAGCAGGAAACGUCAACCGUUGCAACCUCAGCGAACCCUGAUGAUCAUAGCACAACCCACCUUUAUGGGCAAAGCCUUCGAACAUAUCCCUCAGGAUGCCCUCCUCUAAAAGUUCAGUGGUUUCAUGCCGUGGAUGUUCCCAAGCGGAAACCUCGCCUCAGCAAAUCCACACAGCCCGAAAAGCCUUCGACACAACCAAAGAAGUACAACCCGUUUUCUUCUUCAGAUUCCAAGGCUUUAGAAGCUGAGUAUCAGAAGCUUCUCGAGGAAGUAGAGGAGGCCCGGACUCGAGCACCUGGAGAUGUGCAGAUGGCCCCGAGAAAGCGCAAAGCCGAUGUUGAAGAUGACACCACAGACGGACUUAAAAACCGCGAACGCGGGCUGUCUGACUCGCAGUCAACUGGAGUCCGUGUUCCUGUGAAUGAAGACUUCUUAUUCGACGUAGACAUUGAAUUCCGGGAAUUGGCUCCUGUAUAUUGGCUUGGCCCAGUUUAUGAUGUACGCAGAGGGACAUGGUUUUACCACGAAGGCUCUAACUUGCGCCCUUGCGAAGAGAAUCUAGCCGCUCAGCUGGAGGAGGGCUACCUUAAGAUGAAGCCAUGGCUAUAUCCCACAAGAGACCGCAGUCCAUCAGGAGCUAGAAGGAACCUCACACCUAAAGCUUCGCAAGAGAACCUACAUGCAACAGCUAAGGGUGGAGUCGAGCAAACUGGUCAGACGCCAGUUGCUGAUGGCUCUGCAACUGAACCAUCUUCUCGUGGUCAACCUCAGCCCCAGUCAUACCGAUUAUUUGGAACAUACAUGAACAGUCUGGCCACAUACCAUGAUGCAAGCACUGCCUAUCUAAAUACGGAUGGUAUGCUUUCUUGGGUGACUUCUUCUAUGUAUCAAAGGUUCGCUGGUGGGAGUUACAUGAGCGGAGUGAGACUGGUUCGUGGCUAUUCAGAACCCAGCAAGAAUAAAGAAAAAGACACCGACAAAGACAAGAGGGAAGAGAAGCAACCCAACGCAGCUGACUUGGGUCUUCCACUGGACGAAAAACAACAAAAGAGUCUGAAGCGAAGAUCAGCUCCGCCCACUACUCGUGCUUCACAUGAAGACCUUGCUCAGAAUGGCAGCGACAAUACUCCGACCCAAGACCCUCGACGUGCAACACUUCAACGCCAGCUUUCUUCCCUUCUUGAGGGAGAAGGAAAGACAAAGGCCGAAAAGGAAGAAGACAUACGGCGACGUGAAGAGCAAGAGAUACAAGACGAUUACAAUGCACAGGCCGGCGAAACUCAAGGACGGGAAAUCGAGCAUCUGGUGCUUGUCACACAUGGUAUAGGCCAGCUCCUUAGUUUACGAAUGGAGAGUGUCAAUUUUGUUCACGAUGUCAACGUCCUCCGCAAGACACUCAAGUCAGUGUAUGCCAACUCAGCAGAUCUGAAAGCAUUGAACUCGGAACUUGGGGCUGGACCUGGUAACUGCAGGGUACAGGUGCUUCCCGUGUGCUGGAGACAUCUGCUAGACUUUCCCAAGAAACGUGAGAAGAAGGGAGAGCGUGACCUGGGAGACGUAGAUGAUGACGAGGAUGAGUGUGAAACAAUAGCGGCCAGACAUCGCAACACAUCAUCCGACAUCAAAGAUAUCGGGGAAAGUACGCAAGGAGAAUGUUUCCGAACCGCACCGCUUUCUUCAGGAGUAGAGCAGAUAUCCUCCUUGACUGGUCUUCCUAUGUCUGUCUCAUCACCAAAGGUUCAGCAGCUCUUUAACAUCUUCCACCCAUCUGAUCCAAUUAGUUACCGACUAGAGCCGCUGAUAUCUCCGACCAUGUCUACACUCAAGCCCCAAAUGUUGCCAUACACGAAAAGAGGAAUAUUCGGCAAUGUCGCCCCGCAGGGAUUGACAGGAAUCGGAGCAAAAGUCGGACAGAGUGUUAGCGGACUGUGGUCAAGCCUUAGUGCGGGCAUCGCUAGUAACCUGCUCAAUCGAUCACUUGGUUUGAGUAACGAAGAGGUUGCACGGCUUACCGCCAGCGCUGAAGGCACAGGCAAAGAAACAGGAACCAAGACAGCAAACCGAGACGUACCAAAUGCUGCAGAGAAACGGGAAGUCACAGAUGCACGUAUGAAGAAGCUCGCGGACUCUGCGUCUGUGCCAGACUCCGGAGCUGGUGACCGUAACCCGACACUGAUCGACGAAGAAAUCGAAACCUUGUAUUCCAAUUUCCAGAAGAAUCGUACAGUGCCAAAUAAGGACCAGGAAACAACAGGAACAGGAACAGAAACAUCUGACGACGAUAAGAAGGCGCGCAAAAUGCGCAAGGAGGAAGCUAAAGUUCGAGCACUCAACCGUAACGGCCGAGUUGAUUAUAGCAUUCAAGAGAGCGUCCUGGAUUUCAAUCCCAUCAAUACCAUUGCAUCUCACAUGGCAUACUGGGCUGAUGAGGACGUAAACCAUUUCGUUCUCUCGCAGCUGCUAUCGAACAGGUCGAGUGUGAAGAGGAAUGCGACCGAGCCUCCAUCGAGGAACGAGGAAACUGGAAGUUAG